AUGGGACAGAUCAUCAUGGACAUUAUUGACAGAGAUGAAUUCAGAGACCAUGGAGAAAGAUAUAUGCAACCCCCUGAAAAAGUUGUUUUACCAGAUGUCAUACUGGGUACCUGUGAUGACAGUCGGGAACUGUACAAUUACUUUUUACACCAUGAGGACUGGAAUGAAUGGAAGUGUAACAUGAGAACAGUUCCAUCACCUCUGACCCUGGAUCCUGACACAGCACAUCCUAAUCUUAUUCUAUCUGAGGACCUGACAAGUGUGAGACAUGACUACAUUAUACAGCUUCUCCCUGACAAUCCAAAGAGAUUUGAUUAUUAUGUCUGCGUACUUGGGAGUGAAGGCUUCAAUUCAGGACGACAUUACUGGGAGGUGGAGGUGAAGAACAAAAUUGCAUGGGAUGUGGGCGUCACCAGAGAAUCCAGCAAUAGGAAGGGAUGCUUUAAAAUGAGUGCAAAGCAGGGAUAUUGGAGGAUGAUGCUGAGUAAUGGGAAAGAGUACACAGCUGAAGAUUCAUUAUCUGUGGAUUUAAAUCUUACUGUGAAACCCCUCCGGCUCGGACUGUACCUGGACUAUGAAGGGGGAGAGGUGUCAUUGUAUAAUGCUGACAACAUGUCCCACAUCUACACCUUUACUGACAAGUUUACAGAAAGAAUCUAUCCUUACUUCUGCCCUAAUCUUAAUUAUGAGGGAAAAAAUGCAGCACCCCUUAAACUAUUUCACCUGAAACUGUAAUAUGAAUAAGACAUUGUUCUAGUACUCAAUUUUAUUUUAUUCUUUCUAGUGCAUUAUUUUUAGUAAUUUUAAAAAGAAUACUAUCAGAGAGAGUUAGAACACUAGUGCAAAAUGAAUUAUUUUAUUAUACAAUAAACAUUUUUUAUAUUACCACAAGUAAUUUGCUAAUUAUUUUAACAUUAUGAUCAAAAUAAUUGUAAUUUUACUUCCCAUGGAGUUUGCGAAGUAAAGCUUCAAAGUCUAUGCUUUAUUUAGAAUGUCUGUAUAUAGCUAGUCAAAGUGACAAUUUUAUCUUGCACUCUACCAAGUUUAAUUGUAAUAGGCACUGCUAUCUGUGCUAGAGUUCUCUUGCUGUGUAAGUGAAAAUUAAAAUAAUUUCCAUGUCAGUGCAUAGCUCAAAGAUCAUGGAAAGAAAAAUGCAUGUUUAAUGCUGAUGAUGUUGUGUUAUAAUCCACUAGGUAUGUCAGGAUAUUUAUGUAUGCAUCUGUCUCUGUGCGUAUGUAAAUUUGCAUGUAUUUAUUUAUUUGAAUUUGUUAACUGGGAAUACUAUGGCCUAUUUCCAGAUAAGGCUUGAAGGAAAAACUCUAUAUUUCUUUAAGCAGUCAGAAAAUGGUAUAAAGCAGGUCCUUGGAUUACAAUAGGGUCCCAUGUUGAUGACUUCAUCAUAAGUCAAGUUGGUAAUAAGUUGAAGUUACCCAUAGAUUGAGCUGUAAUUAUUUAUACUAUUUGAACCACAUGACUCCAUGAAUUAGUGCCCAUAAAUGCCAAUAACCAUCAUUA